GUGAGGCGCAGGCGCAGGCGCGGUGGACUGUGCCCUCUCCGGGCCUCGGCUCGCCGUGGGCUCGUCAUGGCGACCCAGGAGAGGCCGUACCGCCUGGUGGUGCUGGGCGCCUCCGGCUUCACCGGCCAGUUCGUGGCCCAGGAGGUGGCCCGGGAGCAGGUGGUCCGGGAGCAGAACCCGCGCCUGCCCUGGGCGGUGGCGGGCCGCUCCCGGGAGAAGCUGCAGCGAGUGCUGGACAGGGCCGCCCUGAAGCUGGGAAGACCGACUCUCCCGUCCGAAGUUGGAAUAAUAAUUUGUGAUAUCACGAAUCCAGCCUCACUAGAUGAAAUGGCUAAACAGGCAGCGGUUGUCCUCAACUGUGUGGGACCAUAUCGGUUUUAUGGAGAACCUGUGAUAAAAGCAUGUAUUGAAAAUGGAACCAGCUGUAUUGACAUCUGUGGAGAACCUCAGUUUCUGGAGUUAAUGUAUUGGAAGUAUCAUGAGAAAGCUGCAGAAAAAGGGGUUUAUAUCAUCGGAAGCAGUGGCUUUGACUCCAUUCCAGCAGAUCUGGGCGUAAUAUAUACCAAAAAUAAGAUGAACGGUACCCUGACUGCUGUGGAAAGUUUCCUGACUAUACAUUCCGGACCUGAGGGGUUGUGCAUUCAUGAUGGUACCUGGAAGUCUGCAGUUUAUGGUUUUGGAGAUCAGAGUAAUUUGAAAAAACUGCGAAACGAGUCAAAUCUGAAACCUGUCCCAAUUGUUGGUCCAAAAUUGAAAAGAAGGUGGCCAAUUUCUUACUGCAGAGAACUGAAUAGCUAUUCUAUUCCUUUCUUGGGAGCGGAUGUCUCUGUUGUGAGGCGGACUCAGCGUUACUUGCAUGAGAAUUUGGAGCAAUCGCCUGUUCAGUAUGCCGCUUAUGUGACUGUGGGAGGCAUCACCUCCGUUAUUAAGCUGAUGUUUGCAGGACUUUUCUUUUUAUUCUUUGUGAAGUGUGGCAUUGGCAGACAGCUUCUCAUAAAAUUUCCAUGGCUCUUCUCCUUUGGUUAUUUUUCAAAACAAGGUCCAACACAAAAACAGAUGGAUGCCGCCUCGUUUACAAUGACAUUCUUUGGUCAAGGAUACAGUCAAGGCUUUGGUCCGGAGAAGAACAAACCAAAUAUGAGAAUUUGUACUCAGGUGAAAGGACCAGGUAUUUCACAUAGGACUUAAGAAUCCUGGGGAGUUUUACAUUGUCUUAAGAGGCUGGCUACGUGGCUACCCCCAUAGCCAUGGUCCAGGCAGCCAUGACACUUCUAAACGAUACCUCUGAUCU